AAUUUAGAGAGAGAAUGAUGAGAGAGAAUGGAAUUCUUGCACAAAAUGAGCUUCAAAAUUGAAACUCCAAACGUCGAAUCCGGCAAUUCAAAUCAUCAAUAGCCAUCAUGCUUGCCUUCAUUGUGUCUCCACCAUUUUCAUAACACCUUUUUUCCGCAACCCCACCAACUAAAUAUAAAGUUUUUUUAUGAAGAUGUCGUUUUUAUCUCUUGAUUCGAGUCAAAAUCUCGGCACCAAACCGCAAUAGCGACUUGGAUGUUUAUUGGGCCUAUCUUUUUUAUGUCGUCUUCUUUUACCUUUCUUCAAAGCCACACUCUAUGAACAACGUUGAACGACAAACUGAUUGUGGGUUGUCUCUCACUUUUACGUCUUCAUUACCACUGCUUCUCUUGCGUCUUCCCUGUUUGUAGAAUUGCCUCAAAGAGACUUCACAACUGUGGGAGGAGACAAGUUUCAUUUUUAAGUUAGUUCUUGCUGAGACAAUGUGUUUGAUUAUGCUCAAAGAGUGCAGAAAAAACUGUAAUUUCUUUUACAGUUUCGAGAUUCUUGAUCUUUAGUUUUUCAAUUGGUGCAAAUGGUUGUUGCUGGAUAAGAACUUGGUAUCUACUAUUUAAGCCACCCCUUCACGGAGGAGACAAUGACGGCAGCUGCCUCCAUGCCGUUUCCUCGUGGGGCGGCCAAUUAUGAUGAGGUUUCUAUGCAGCAGAGCAUGCUCUUCUCUGAUAGUUUGAAGGACUUGAAGAAUCUUCGGAAACAACUGUAUUCAGCAGCAGAAUACUUUGAGUUGUCUUACUCUAAUGACGACCAAAAGCAUGUAGUGGUGAAUUCGUUGAAAGACUAUGCCAUUAACGCCCUAGUCAACACCGUAGACCAUUUGGGUUCUGUGACCUAUAAGGUCAAUGACCUGUUGGAUGAGAACAUCGAUGAAGUUUCAGGAACUGAGCUUCGUGUAUCUUGCCUUGAGCAGAGACUACGGACAUGCCACGAUUAUAUCAAUCGUGAAGGCCUUUCUCAGCAGUCGUUGGUGAUAAACACUCCCAAUUACCACAAACGAUACAUCUUGCCAGUGGGACAGACGAUGGAUGGAGGUUUACGUACCAAAUCAAAGUACGAAGGUUGCAGCGUAGACGAAGGAGAUGGAUGGCAUCAAUUUAGGAGUGCUAUUCGAGCUACAAUACACGAAGCUCCACCAUCUAUAUCCAGUAAAGGGCGCUCUCCAUCACCUACUCCGAGACUCGUGCAGCAGCCAGGAAACUUUGCCUUCUCUAAGAGCAUGCCCAAGAAAGAUCUAGAGAGGAGAACAGUGUCGCCUCGCCGGUUUCCACUUCUACGCUCUGGCUCCCUUUCUAGUAAGCCUUCCACUCCAAAAAGCUCGCGCCCAACCACUCCAAAUAAGAGCCGGCCAACCACCCCAAAUCCAGCUUUGGGAAGACAACCUGUUAUCUCCGACCCUCGGAAAUCGGCUUCAAUGCGGAUUCGUGUUGGUAAAGAGAGCCCGAAGGAGUUCGAGCAAAUCCCGAGCAAAAGCAAACGGUUGCUCAAAGCUUUGCUCAGUCGACGCAAGUCAAAGAAGGAUGAUACGUUAUAUACUUAUUUGGAUGAAUACUGAUGGAAAUGAAGGGGAGAUUGAAAAGAGAUGUUUGUACCAUUUUGUUUUCCUCUUUAGUAUUCAGUUUUAUAUCAUCAUUUCACCUGUAAUUGUUAGAAACAUAUUUAUUAAUAUUAAUAAAUGGCGAUGUUAAAAGAUCUUUACCUUUA